AUGCCCCCAGAUCAUCUUACGCGGCUACUCGCUCAGCCGCAUUGCCAUCACGAUGCUUCGAGCUGUCGAAACGAGCCGCGGCGGCAUUGCCAGCGGCUGCUUCAACGAGUCGUUGCUGUCGCGUCGCUCCCGCCGCCAGUGACGGUGCGCGCUGACGUCUUCCAGCCGCUGCCGGGGCUCGGCACGGCCAAUGACGUGGCGUUCGCUGAGAAUCAACCGCCCUCCCACAGCCCGCCCUGCCGCCCCUCCUGCCCGGGGCGCUCUUCGCCCAGCACCGCAGCGCAGCGCAGCACGCACCGCGCGCCCUUGCGCCUCCGCGCGUCCAAUCGUCUACCUCCCCCGUUCCUCCCUCCCCUCCUCCCCCCCCCAGAGGCGGCGCUGCUAUCGCUGGCAGCAGCGCUGGGCGGGCACGCGGCGUUCCGGUGGGCGGGGUGGGUGAAUCAGUCGCAGGGGCUGUCGGUGCAGCAGAGCAAGCCGUGCGUGCAGUUCUGGGAGUUCCUCUCCUGCGACUCGCACGGCCGCGUCUCCAGCAUAUCCACCCCCUCAUCCACCCCCUCAUCCACCCCCUCCGUUUGCAACCUUUACUACUCCCCCUCUGCCUUGCGUUCCCCUCCUCCUCUCGCCUCUUUCUUUUCCUUUACUAUGCCCCCCCCGCCGACACCCCCAUCUUCCCUUUCCUCACCUGCUCGUCCCGUUCCCCGUCCUCCCUCUCCCCCCUCCCCGGCCUGUUCUUCUUCCUUCUUUCCACUCUCCCCCGUCUUCUCCCUUCCAUCUUUUUCUUUCUUCCCUUCAUCCUUUCCUCCCUCCGUCCCCCUCUCCCCCUUCGUCCCCCCUUUCUUCCCCUUCCUCCAACCCGGCACCAACCACAGCAACAUUGCCAACCCCACUUUAGCCAUCAUCAAUGCGUCGAGGGUCAAUCAGAAAACGCCAGGUGGCUUAAAGGGGUCGAUCCCCUGGGAUUCCCUCACGGCGCUGGAGCACCUGCAGGCCGUUGAUCUGUCGGGCAACUCCAUCUCUGGCCCUCCGUUCACUGCUGCCAUCUCCAAGUUCACUGCGUUGAGAGACAUCCAGCUGGCGCGCAACGCCCUGGAUGCACCUCUGGUAGACAAGGUAUCCGCGCUCUCCAACCUGCAGAAGCUCGACCUGAGUGGUAACCGCAUUCCCGGCGCCCUGCCCGCAGGCCUGUCCGCCCUGACAGCCCUGGAGGUCCUCUCCCUCGCCUCCAACCAUCUCGCUGACUCCUUUCCUGCAGGCCUCUACGCACUCACUCACUGCCCUCAAACACCCGUGAGUAUUCUGCCUAAGUUCGAGCCUCCUCUACUUGUUUAG